AUGGUUGAAAAGAAUGAUUUCAAGAAUCAUAUAUCUAUCAUAUUAGGAGGACCUGAAUGGUUGAUUGAAAUAAAAAAUCCUACAAUUAAAGCAGUUUCAACAUUACAAGAAUUACUUAUUAAUAUAUUUGACAACAAUAUGUCAUAUCAUUUGUUCAUUCCUAGUCAAUAUCUUACAAAAUUGAUCGAAAAUCAUGUUCAUAAUUUAGUACAAGUAGAUUCUAUUCAUAGUUAUUAUAAUUCUGCAAUUGAUUAUCAAUCGCAUACUAAAUUUUAUGAAAGUAUUAGCAAUAAAGUUCAUUUUCUGAUGACAACCGAUCUAAUCAUGAGAUUAACUGCUGCCUUAGAUCCAGAUUUGACUUCAAAGUUGGUUUCAAACUAUGCAUCGAUCUCGAAAUCUAAGCAUGUGAAACGAAAAAGAAAGACUAAAAGUAGUAGAGUUACUAUUUCAAAUACAGUUUCUUUCGAUAUGAAAUGUCAUAAAUGUUUAUCAGUAUUUCAAGAACCUUUUCAACUUGUUUGUGGACAUCGACAGUGUCGAUCAUGUAUCGAUAAUCAAGAAGGGUAAUCACAAUCAAUUAUCUAUCUUUCUUUUAACGUUGUAUCCAAAUAUUUUUGUUCUAUAAUUUAGUUCAAUCAUUAAGUGUGUGGACUGCCAGGAAGAAACAUUACGAGAAGAAGUAUAAUACACUUAUACAUCAAAUUAUUCUUUAAAAAAAUAAAUAAACUUUUUCUAUUUUUUCAGGCAUGGUUAGAUGUUGGAUUUAAGAAACAAAUAGAUCAAUUUAACGAGAUAAAUUUGCAUAAAGAUUUAUAAAUGAUAGACUGUUUGUCAGUUCUAAUAUAUAUAUAUAUAUGUUUUACACUUUCAAAUUUAUACAUUAAGUUAAACAAUAUUUAUUUAUCUUUGAUUUUAAUUAAAAUCGUUUCUUAUAUUAAUAUAUCGAGAAAUCUAUUGUCAACAUUGUCUUCAUUUUUUUUUCUACAUGUCUAAAGUUAAUUAACAUUUUCAUUCAUUUCAUAAUAAAUUUUGAACUCUUUACCUCAUGAAUGGUAUCGAUCAGGUGCCAUAAUUAUAUUAAUAUAUGAAACUAUUAUCACAUAGUUUGUGUACAUUUUAUCAUAAAUAAGCAACAAUUAAUAUAUUGAUUAAAUUUAAAAUAAAGAAAAAGAUCACUAAAAAAAUACCAACUUCAUCGUUUAUUGAAAUAUUCUUCAACGAAAAUAAUCACUGAUUACGUUUUAACAGUAGCGGCGGAUUUUUAUCAAUAUAACAUUUGUAUGAAUAUUGAUCAACAAUGAUAUUUUUCGAUGCUUAGAAAAUUUGUUUAUUCCUAAUAAUUUCGAACAAACGCAUAUAUAAAUGAAUAUUUCUAUGAAUAUCUGUAAGCAAGAGCUUCAAAGUGAUAGAGGAUUAGAAUUUGAUAAAGCCUAAUUAUAAUUUGAAUAAUCUUCCAAAUACACGCAAGAUAUUACUGUUAUUUAAUUCAUUGGAAAUUUUUCAUAUAUACACAUAGAAGCAUUUGUUAUAUAUAGAUUAAAAGACUAUUAGUACAGAUAUCUAUAGUUAGCAACACUAUCCCAGAAUCAUAAAUACAUAGACUUUUAUCGAGUUGCAUGAGAAUCCUUGCCAAAAUUUUUUGAAAUUUAUCGGUUUGAUGACAACUUAAUACAAACUAUUGAUGAAAUUACUGUUUUUCAUCUUUCUUUUAUUUAAUUGCUUAAAAAAAGGGAAUGCCAUGUUUUUUGUGUCGAGGAGGGAAAGAACAAUAUAACAUAUAAAAUCGAGUACUAAGAAAGAAAAAGUUCAUUGAAUAGAUGAAUGUAUGUAAGGUUUUUUAAUUGCUUCGGA